GGUAUUUCCUGCCUCGACCUCACCAAACAGUAUAGCAUGGCUUUUCAGAUGUAUUAGUGGCGGUCCCGUAUUCUCCUCAAACCGCCGAGCUAGACAAUACAGUUUUGACAUUUUGUUUUGUUAUGCUUUGCUUUUAAGAAUUGAUAAAGCGCAGAGUCUAAGCAGCCUCACAGUGGUCACUUUAAAAUAAUAAUAAUAAUAAUAAUAAUAAUAAUAUGUCUUUAUAUUCAUGAGGAUGUGCAAAGAUGCAUCUUUUAAUUCCAGCAUCGUGAAUCCAGAAGACUUUAUUUUUAAUAUCGGACACGUACGUCAGUAAGUUCUGAUUUAUUUUGCAAUACUGACUCAGUGUGGAAUUUAGCUCGUACGACGAGAAGACAUGGGAUCAAGCAGUUCUUUUGUACAGUUUUGUGGAACCGUAAUUAAUGAGAAGAUCUGAUUUUCUUCAUUAAAAAAGAAAACGCACACAGCCCAGAGGAUGAAGGAGGAGAACUUGUUUCGUCGAAGGUUUUCUCUCUGUCCGAACACAUCCACUCCUCUGAAGAUCGAUCCACACACACUGACGAGGAACCUCUCCUACGGGGGAGACAAUGACCUCUACCCCCUGAGUCCAGGUACCGCGCUCGAGAGGAAUGGUCUACCAGUUCUGAAAGAUGAGAUCAGCAACACUCCCAUGUCCAACAGUAAGUCUGAUUCCAAGCUCUCCAAUGGCCAUGAUAAGGAGUUCACCUCGCCUACUGACAAGAUGGCAAAGAAGGAGUCACUCAAGGUCCAGAAGAAGAAUUACAGGCAGGAGAAGAAGAGAGCGGCGAAGGAGCUGUUCAGUGCGCUCAAGGACCCCAGUGUGGUAAUCAUGGCCAACUGGCUGAAGAUCCGCGGCUCUCUCAAGAGCUGGACGAAGCUGUGGUGCGUGCUGAAGCCUGGGGUGCUGCUGAUCUUCAAGACCCCCAAGGUGGACCACUGGGUGGGGACCACUCUCCUCAACGCCUGCAAGCUCAUCGAGAGGCCUUCCAAAAAGGACGGCUUCUGCUUCAAACUCUACCACCCACUGGACAAGUCCAUCUGGGCCAUGAAGGGUCCAAAGGGGGAGAAUGUAGGCUCAUUCACACAGCCACUACCCAGCAGCCAUCUCAUCUUUAGAGCAGCCUCUGAGUCUGAUGGUCGCUGCUGGAUGGAUGCUAUUGAGCUGGCACUGAGCUGCUCCAGUCUGUACAAGCUCAGCUCCAAGCAGGGCAAGGAUGUGGACCUCUGCUGCUCUUCCAACUCCUCCCACAUCCUCAACCUGCUGCAGUCUUCCACCCUGUCCCAUCAAGAGCUCUUCCAGAUGACUGAGUCUGGAAAUCAUCACAUGGAAAAUGAUGGCUAUUCUGACAAAUCGGAUUGCGGGGCCAAUGAAAGCAGCCAGAGGGUAACUGAGGAAAGCGACACGGACCAGUCAGAGACGCAGAAGGACGUCCUCAUCGAGCUGCAGGCAACCUCCUAUGUAGAGCAGGGCCGGGAGGAGAUGGCUGAGGCUGGAGUGGCGUGCCAGACGGAGACAGUCUCAGAGGAGAACAAGGGUCUGAUGUGGACCAUGCUGAAGCAGCUGCGGCCGGGGAUGGACCUGUCUCGCGUGGUGCUGCCCACCUUCAUCCUGGAGCCCCGCUCCUUCCUGGACAAGCUGUCCGAUUACUACUACCAUGCAGAUUUCCUCUCCCAGGCUUCCGUGGAAGAGAGCGCAUACAGUCGAAUGAAGCAGGUCCUGAGGUGGUAUCUGUCUGGCUUUUAUAAGAAGCCAAAGGGGCUGAAGAAGCCAUACAACCCAAUACUGGGGGAGACGUUUCGUUGCUGCUGGCUCCACCCGGAGACCGACAGCUGCACGUUUUACGUUGCGGAACAGGUAUCCCAUCAUCCCCCUGUGUCAGCCUUUUAUGUCUGUAACAAAAAGGAUGGGUUCUGUGUCAGUGGAAGUAUCCUGGCCAAAUCUAAGUUCUAUGGCAACUCUUUAUCGGCAAUACUAGAUGGGAAAGCCAUGCUUUUUUUUCUAAAACGAGAUGAGGAAUACAUAAUCACGAUGCCCUAUGCGCACUGCAGAGGUAUUCUGUAUGGUACAAUGACCAUGGAGCUGGGAGGGAAAGUUACUAUUGAAUGUGAAAAAACAAAGUACACAGCAGAACUGGAGUUCAAACUGAAGCCCUUCCUGUGCAUCAGCAGCAGCGUGAACAUGAUUUCAGGGAGGAUUCUUCUGGGCGAUGAACUGCAGGCCACUAUCGAUGGACACUGGGAUGGCGAGGUCUUUCUUUGUGAGAAGAAGUCUGGUGACCGCAACGUCUUCUGGAGCCCCACUCCAGAAGUCCGCAGACAGAGACUCAAGAGACAGGUGGUGCAUCUCGGCGACCAGGGAGAGUUUGAGUCUGAACGGUUGUGGCUGCAUGUGACAAACGCAAUCAUCAGUAAAGACCAGCACAAGGCCACGCAGGAGAAGUUUAUUCUGGAAGAAGCCCAGCGGCAAGCUGCUAGGGACCAGGGAGACAGAGAGUGGACCCCACGGCUCUUCAGAAAGGACCCCAUUUCACAGGACUGGCUGUACAAAUAUGCAGACACCAACCCCUGGGAUUCUCAGAUGAACCUGGUUGAGUUUGAGAAAGACGGAGUGAUUCAGACCCUGGGGACAGACGGCAGGAGGCACAACGGCAUCAGCUACAGCAAGAAAUGGGCCACAAAACAAAAGACGGAUUGCAAGCGGCGUAAAACCAGCCAGAACACCGAGAGCAGCAGCUCCACCCCGGAGCCCUCCCACGAGUCGUCCGAUAACGAGAGCAGGAAUACAGGAAUCGCAGUGAAACAAUGGGGUUGUCGAAGCUCAGGCACGAAAUGUAUCAAAGAGGAAAGUGACAUGCCAGACAUUGAGGCAACCGUAGCAUCAAUACAGAGGACACAGCUGGAAAUGCAGAGGAACCUCAAUGCCCUGACCCGCCAAGUAAUCCAGAGGAGAAACUCCUGGGACAACUUCACCUUGAACUGUCGCUACUGGCUUAUAAUCUGCAUCCUGCUUGUGUUUCAACUCUUCAUAAACUACAUCUUCAAAUGAAAAAGAAAAAGCCCCACACUGAGCAAUAAAUGAUCAAAACACAUCCGUCACCACCAGUCAGCUUUGGAAUGCCAAUACAAGAGUCGGAAGAGGCACCAAGCACUUUGAAAAACUGAUAUUGAAGAAAAUAAUAAUAAUAAUAAUAAUAAUAAUAAUAAUAAUAAUAAUAAUAAUAAUAAUAAAAUUAAUAAUAAUAAUAACAAUAAAUACAUUAUUAUAUACGUCAUAGGUUGCAGGACUAUUAAUGUUGUCGUAAAGGCACUUUUUGGCUGUUCCUUGCAAUACAUUUUUUAAUGCCUCUUCUGUCCCACCCGGUCACCUAUACAACAAAAAAACCCACCCCUAUACGUUGGCCUUAACGCUAAAGCCAAAAACAGACUUGUGCAAU